ACCGUGUUGCCUUUUAUGACUCAGACUUGGAGGUCACAUGGCGUCAUUUCUGCUAUUCGUUUGAACUACAGGAAGGAUGUUAUCUGUGACGAUGAGAAUGCUAGUACUGCUGCUGCCGCCCCUGAGUCAGGCUGCUCCCAAGGACGGCACCACAAGGCUGGACCCUGAAGUGCAGCAUCCACCUCUACCCAACCCCUUCCAGCCAGGCCAGGAGCAACUUCAACUUCUGCAGAGCUACCUAAAGGGACUAGAGAGGAUGGAAGAGGAGCCGGAGCACAUGAGCCGGGAGCAGGUCCUCCUCUACCUCUUUGCUCUCUACGACUAUGACCAGAGUGGACAGCUGGAUGGCCUGGAGCUGUUGUCCAUGUUGACAGCAACUCUGGCCCCUGGAGCUUCUGACUCUCCCACCACCAACCCGGUGAUCCUGGUAGUGGAUGAGGUGCUGGACACCCAGGACCUGAAUGGGGAUGGGCUCAUGACCCCUGCGGAGCUCGUCAACUUCCCCGGAGAGGACCCGAGGCACACAGAUCUCAAAGAGCCCCCAGAGCCACAGGAUGUUGGGAGGCAGCCUCUGUUGGCUAAAAGCCCAUCAAGACAAGAAGCACAUGAAGCCCCAGGUCCCAGAGAAGAAGCUGGGGGACAGGUGGAGGCCAGGAGGGAGUCCUUGGAACCUGUACAGGAGGCUGGGGGACAGGCAGAGGCUGCAAGAGAAGCCCCAGGCCCUGGAGGGGAGGUUGGGAGACAGGUAGAAGCCAGGGACACUGGAGAGAGAGAAGAGCUUCCAAGGGAAACACUGGAGUCUAAGAAAACCCCAAAUGAGCUUGAGGUUCAUGCUAUUCAGCUGGAGAAUGAUGAGAUAUAAACCUUGAGGAUACAGGUUUGCACCCCUAGAAGUCUCAGUGCCAGAACAUAAGCCCCGAAGGGUAGGGUGUGUAUGUUAGGACAACGACCACCUCUGUGCCCCCUUCCUGGCCCCAGUAGGUGGCAGGUCUUUCUGUGCAGCUCAGGGAGACCCUAAGUUGAAGGGCAGCUUUAGGGCCCAGACAACCAAUAAAGAACCAAAUGAACCCAUCCCUCUGGGCCAUCGAUCCACUGGUCCAGCCUGCCCUGACCUCAGGCUGCAGGGGGUCGGGACUGGGCAGUCCUCUUGGGAGGGCAGGAGUUCAGUUUACCCAGCGUUCCCAGAUGGCGCUGAGACACAGCAGAGUACAGCGCUCGGCCACAGCCAGCUGCAGCCCACCGGGGAAGGGAGCUCGGCCUUUCCCUGGGGCUUAACCACUAGAAUGGCCUCCUGCAGUUCAGGGCAGAUCUUCUCCAUCACCCUGUAUCUGCU